UCCUUUUUACAUAACGGCGCGGGGCGGCAUGGGCUCGGUCCACCGCCUCUGCCCGGCCGCCCGCCUGGACUGUCGCGGCCCGCGGAGGCCACGGCGGCGGCAGCAAAGUUUCCCCGGUGGCGGUCCGGGGGCGCAUCCUCCCGCAACCGUCAAGCGCUGGCGGCGGAAAUGAUGAGGCGCUGGCCAUUUUCCGAGCCCGGGUUUCCUGCCUGAGUCCCGCUCCUGAGAGCCGCGAGCGCGGAGCCGGCGCGCGGGAGCGGACGCGCCCGGGGCGGGGGCCCGCCCACCCCCUGGGGACUUCGGGGGGCCGGGGGCGCGCGACGCCAUGGGCAGGCCGGGCCCGAAACCCGUCUCUCUCAGCCUGGCCGCCCCACCUCGGUCUCCACCAUGAACGGGCCCACUCUGCAGCCUUCCUCGACCUCCUCCACGCCCUUGGCCCCCUCCGCCUCUCUGCCUGCAGCGGCGACCCCGUCCCCUCGGGGCUGGAGCGAGUUCUGCGAGCUGCACGCGGUGGCGGCCGCCCGCGAGCUGGCCCGCCAGUACUGGCUCUUCGCCCGCGAGCACCCGCACCAGGCGCCGCUGCGCGCUGAGCUCGUGUCGCUGCAGUUCACCGACCUCUUCCAGCGAUACUUCUGCCGUGAGGUGCGCGAGGCGCGCGAGGCCCGGGCGCCUGGGCGCGACUACCGCGAGACGGGCCGCGGAUCCCCCACCAAGGCCGAGGCGCCCGCUGCCGAGCCGGGCCCCGGCCCCGCCACCCCCGCGCUGCCCAAGGCCCGCAGCUCGGAGGAGCUGGCCUCGCCGCGGCCUCCCGGCUCCUGCUCCCUCCAGCACCUGCGCCGCAGCCUGCGCCUCAUCUUCCGCCGCCGGUCGGCUGGGGAGCUGCCUGCCGCCGCGGCUGGGGAGCUGGCCGAGGCCCCCGCCAGGCCCGGCCUGGCCAGGAAGCUGCUGCCCUGGAGCUUGGCCCGGGAGCCGCCGCCUGAGGCCCUCAAGGAGGCGGCGCUGCGCUACAGCCUGGCGGACGAGGCGUCCAUGGACAGUGGCGCGCGCUGGCAGCGCGGGAGGCUGGCGCUGCGCUGUGCCGAGGGCCCCGACGGCGGCCCCGACCGCGUGCUGGAGCUCUUCGACCCGCCCAAGAGUUCAAAGCCCAAGCUCCAAACAGCCUGCUCCAGCAUCCAGGAGGUCCGGCGAUGCACACGCCUUGAGAUGCCAGACAACCUCUACACCUUUGUGCUGCGGGUGAAGGACCGGACAGACAUCAUCUUUGAGGUGGGAGACGAGCAACAGCUGAAUUCGUGGAUGGCUGAGCUCUGGGAUAGCGCAGGCCGAGGGCUGGAGAGCACAGAUGCAGAACUGCACAUUCCCACCAUCCCAGAGCGUAGCGCGUCCAGCUCCCGGAGGGGAAGCAGAGAUUCCUUAAGCCAAGGUGCUUCUCCCGGGGGACUGCUGGACCCAGUCUGCCAGAAAACAGAUCACUUCCUGUCCUGCUACCCCUGGUUUCAUGGCCCCAUCUCCAGAGUGCAGGCGGCCCAGCUGGUGCAGCGGCAGGGUCCUGAUGCCCACGGCGUGUUCCUGGUGCGGCAGAGCGAGUCGCGGCGUGGGGAGUACGUGCUCACGUUCAACUUCCAGGGCAGAGCCAAGCACCUGCGCCUGUCCCUCACGGAGCGAGGCCAGUGCCGAGUGCAACACCUGCACUUUCCCUCAGUGGUGGACAUGCUGCAUCAUUUCCAGCGCUCACCUAUCCCACUGGAAUGUGGUGCUGCCUGCGACGUCCGGCUGUCCAGCUACGUGGUAGUCGUCUCCCAGCCACCAGGUUCCAGCAACAUUGUCCUCUUCCCUUUCUCCCUCCCUUGCUGGGACUCGGAGCUGGGCCUUCCCCACCUCAGCUCUUCUGGUUGUCCCAGGGGGUCUGGCCCAGAGAGUCUCCCAGGCCGAUCGUCACCCCCAGAGCAAAUCUUCCACUUGGUGCCUUCACCCGAGGAACUGGCCAACAGCCUGCGACACCUGGAGCAGGAGCCUGUGAGUCGAGCCCGGGACUCAGAUUACGAGAUGGACUCAUCCUCACGGAGCCACCUGCGGGCCAUAGACAACCAGUACACACUUCUCUGAUGGACAUCGAGGGAUCCUGGCCUCCGCAGCUGCCCCAGGAGCACAAGCAGAAAUGUGGCCUUGUGAAUGUAAUGAUCUUUCCUUCCUUCCAGAGAGAGAUUUAAGGGACACUGUCAACUGCUCUUUCCAGUUUGGAUGUGACCCUUCUAUUAGGCCUGUUAAAGGGCCUCCAUGUGAGUUCCGUCCAUCACCUGGCUUACUUCUUAUGUUUACAGGUGUAGUUCUUGUCCACAGAUGCUGCUCGCUCUAGCCCUGGGUCCCUGAGUCCAGGCCCGUCACUCAGAGGAGCUGGGGUGAGGGCUGGAGCUGGCAGUGGAACCUUGUUCCUUUUCACUGACACUGUCACAGCUGACAGACUUUCUACGGGGGGGGGGG